AUGUCGAGCACAAGUCGAAAACCGUCAUCUAGUGCGCUGUUUUGUGACAAACGCUCGGCGUUGACUAGGAACAAAACCCGGCGUAAACCAAGCACCAGAGAAAAAGUCUUCAACAACAUUGACGAUGGUCCCAAAAGCUCGAACUCUUUGCCACAGCCACAUAUACUGCCGCCAGGUGGUGGAGAAUUGCUGCUUCAACUUCGGCAACAGCAACAAAAUCUUGCUGCACUUAUGGCUGGUCCAAACAUUGCACAAGGACCGUAUACCUCCCCACCCUAUACUGGUAUGGUUCAGCCAUUUGUGGCUACAUCGUGUACUCUACCAAUUGAGAAAAGUGGUCAGGCGUUUGAACAGCUUGGAUUGGUGCUAGAACAGAUGAAACAAGAUUCUGAAGGAUCAGCGGCUGCUUGGCGCGAGCAACUUGCAGAGACGGCCCGAUUGACAGACCAGCUUGCACAAAUGCAGGAACAGCUAAAUAGUGCUAAAUUUAACGAACGUGCACGAAGCGACGAACUUGGGAAUGCUCAGGAAGCGCUGAAGACACUAGAAGCACAGGUUUUACAAAAUUUAAAUCGUCAUCGCGAAGAUUUGAGACUACUAAACGAUAAAAUUGAGCGACAAGACCAAUGCACCAAAGAAAUGCAUGAGGAACAUGAGGCAGCACUUAACAGAGUGCAGACGCAAUUGAGCAAUGUUUGUAUCCAUCAUGAAGAAGAGAAAAGAGUCCUAAGUGACGAAUUUCGAAAAAACAUGGAUCAAUGUCAGCUAGCUUAUGAUGUUAAGAUGAAAGAGUUAUGCUCACAACAUGCGACCGAAGUUCAGAAACUUAUACAACAAGCAAAUGAACACGAACACGCAAAACUAGAGCUUGGACAGCACCUUUGGAAUGUCACUAAUGAAGUGGAGGCAGCCUUGAAGCGAGAGCAAGAGCUUCAGAUGCAAGCUCAGAACUCUCAACAGGAAGUCUUAAAGUUGCGAAAUCUGGCUCUGUCACGAGAAAAGGAGUCGGCUUUACUAUCCGAAGCUCUCGAGGACUUGAUGAAACAAUUAAAAGAUACCACGGCUCGUGAAAAUGGCGAGCUCACUCAAAAGAAUGAUUUGAAAGCUCAAAUGGUAGCUGAAGUGGCAAAUUUCCAAGCGCAGCUUGAGCAAAUGGGACAACAACUCGCUGCAGCACUCGCUGGACGCGGAAAACAGGCAGAAGAAGAACAAAUAAAAGCUUUGAAAGUGCAGAAAAAUACAGAAGCUGAAGUACAUGAAUCGCAAAGUGAAGUGCGCCAUCUUUCCGCGAAAGUUUAUAAUUUGAAAGCCAAAAAGGCUCGACUUGAAGCUCAAAUAUCCACAGAUAGCGACGCAGUGAUGGAACUGACGAAGCAGCUACAAGAGAUUAAAAUUCGUUAUGAAAAGUCCAGAUCUCAAGUUCAACAGCUUGCAAGCCGCUGCGAGACCGCAGGAAGCGUGACUCUACAAUGUAUUAAUCUUCUUAAACAAACGAACCUUGGCCUUCUUGCCAACGUGUAUACAGAGAGUCAGGAUAAUAAUUCCGAUGAUCCCUUAGCGCAGUUGCCAUUGAUUUUUAUAGGUCUUGAGCAAUUGAAAGCUACUUCAGAUGCAUUGGAGCCAUUGCAACUUGAAAUUACACUUUUACGACAAGAAAAAGAAAAAGAGCACGAGAAGUUUCAAAUACGUGAACGGAAAUUGCAGUUGCAGACUCAAGACACGGAACAAGAACUUCAAGUUGCGCAACAGGAUGCGAAAGCUCUUGCGGAAGAAUUAGCACAAUUGGCGCAAGUUGCUCAAGACCACGAAGCACUGCAUUCACAAUUAAACGAGCAAAUUAUCCAACAGAAUCAGGAGCUUGUACGCCUUCGAUCCGAAAGUGCGUCACAACUUUUGCAACUACAAAAGGUAUUAGAUAUGCAACGUGCACGAAGUGCAAGUCUAGAAAGCGAAAAACGCGAUUUAGUGUCGGAAGCUGAACGAUUAAAUUUAAAUCUUGAAACUCAAUAUCGUGCCGUCAAAGGCAAGCAGUUGGAACUGGAACAAGUGCGUGGAUUGCACCGAGACCUAGAGCUUCGCCACGGUGAUUUGCAAGAAACUUUCUCUGAUCUAGAAAACUCUGCAAGGAAAACUAGUGAACAAUUUGUUAGCCGAUUGCAACAAGCAAACAAAUAUACUGAUGAAAAGAUGCGACAGAUUGAUGAUCUACAAAAGCGAUUGGAAGGCAUGACACAGUUGUUAAGUAAUGAGAGAGACGAAACAGCACGUGCACGCGAAUUCGAGCUGACCCAGCGCUCACAGAGUGACGAAGAGAUUUUCAAGGUUUUAACUGAAAAGAAUCAAAGAAUCGAGGAUUUGCUUGCUCAGGUCACGCAAUUGCAGACGAAAAUUGAUCACCUUGAUCAAAUUCAUGUUAAAGAUAGGGAAAUACAUCGUCAACGUUGCGAUAUAUUUGCCGAACAAUUGUCUGAUGCACAAGAGGCGCAACUUCAAGCCGAAAUGACGGUUGCGGCAACAACGCAGUUGCAUCAAGACACUCAAUCAAAUGCACAACUUGAAAUGGAACAAUUGCGGGCGACGUUUCUUCCCCAAAUUGCUAGACUGGAAGCUCAGAAAGAGUCUCAAAUUGCGGAGUUGCAACGAGUAAAUAUUGAGCUUGAUUGUGUGUCUCGAAGCAAACAGGCACUUCAACAUGAGGUCCAGCGAGCUUUAGACGAUACACAAGAUGCGUUACGAGCUGCAGAGGUCGCACAUCGAGACGCACGUCUACAAGCCGAACUGUCUAAAGACGAGAUGCAAGGUGUUCGUCUUGAACUCGAAGCUGCUCGUCUUGAAGCUCGAGAGAAUGCAACACUCUCCGAAGAGAUGCAAAAUAAAAUGACGACGAUUCAGAAUGCCGCAAAUGCAACCAUUGAUGAAAUAGCUGCAGAGUUACAAAAUACACAAGAUGCGCUUAAUUUGGAACGGGUGCGUGCAAAGAAAGAAAAAGAGGCAGGUGCCACGCGUGCUCAAAUACGAGAACUGGAGGAUCAGAUUCGCCUCCGCGACGCUCAAGUUCGAACAAAUCGGGAAGAAGCGACUCGAGCUCAAGACGAAUUGGAAGAGCGCGUGAGUGAACUUGGGUUGCAACUACAGCGGACUGCAAACACUCUGGGUAGUAAAAAACUGGAAAGUGAGGCAAAAACGCAAGAAAUUGAGGUUUUAACACGUCGUGUCCAGGAGGCUGAGCGAAAAUUGCCGAUUCUUAUUGCAGCUCAUGACACGAUUCAUGCUAGAGCUGUUGAUCUAAAACGAUCUUUGGAAUCCAAAGUACGUGAAGCUCAGGAUUGUGAAGAGAAAGCACGUGACGAAGCGUUUCAAAUUGCACGCGAGCGUCGUGCGUUUGAUCAUCAGCUGACAGAACUUCGUGACGAAAACGAAGCGUUGCAACAGCAAAUAACACGAUUCAUACGUCAAGAAGAGACGAUAAAACAAGCACUCGAACAAACAAAAAGCGAACUUUAUCGUGUGGCGGCUGAGCUACGAGCAACGAUGCAAAAAUUCGAAAAUGUUCAAAAGACUGCAAGUCAAACGAUAGCCGACAUUACUAGUCGAAUGCAACAAAGUGAACGGACAGCUACUCGAUUGCAACAAGAACUUGAUUUUGAGCGUGAUCGACGUAGAGAAGCGGAAGUGCUUCGAGUAGAAAUGCAACGCACUUUGCACCAUCACGUGCAAUUGUCCAGUAGCGAUUUGGAUGGAAGCAUUCAAAUACAAGAUAAAACGUCGGAUCUAAAUCUGGAUGUGGCAAAUCAGACGUCUUUGAGUCGCGAAUACCGCAAAUUUUACGACAACGAACCUCUGACUUCCGGGGAAUUGUCAACUUUGCCAAUGGCUACCAUCAAAGCUCAACUCGGGCUUGAAUUCAGCCAGAACAAUAUGUGUCUACCGACGAAACCUUGCACCAGUGCGAUUAUGUUGAAAAGUCCUAAGAAUCACCACAUGGAGAAAGAGGAUGCUAUUCCUCUGUUGCCGUUGGAAAAAAUACCGCUGUCACCAGAGGAUGGCGAUGAUAGUGCCAAGUCAAACGUAGGUUUGAGUGAUAAACGUUCCCGUCCUCAGGUGGUAGACACGACAUCAUCUCGAUCAAGUAACAAUAGCCAUUUGUUGCUCUCAAGAGACAACGCUGCGUCACUUGUCAUCAAUACCUGCACAGCCUCAUCAACUGGUAAGAGCGCUGCAAUCAAGAAGAAAAAAUCAAAACCACCCCGUUCAAGUGGGCGACUUUUUACGUCCUAUAACUCGUCUAGUAUGUCACCAGUAAAAGCCAAAGAGCGGGAUAAAAUUUUGCCUCGCAUCAGCGCACAAUGA